CCAAGAAAUAUUUCAUAUAAAACCUGGACAGAGAAAGAUUUGGGCAAAAGACAUUUUUGUGCACUCACACUCUUCACACACAGCCAUGUACAGGAGCAGCUACUUACGUGAAGUUCGCAAGGAGAAGUUUGAAAGGUCAGAUGCUUAUGAGGAGCUACCAGAAUCACCAGAAUUUGGCAACCUUGCUCAAGCCCAAGGCCUGGAAAACCUGCAGGACCUCAAUGAACGCUUUGCCAACUACAUCAAUCGUGCACGGGUGCUUGAGCAACGCAAUGCCAUCUUCCGCAAGCAGCUCGAGACGUUCCAACGCAUGGAGGAGCUGACUGGGUUAGAAGAUGCUUUUGCUGCCCAAAUUGAUCUCAAUCGCCAGCGUGUUCGUGAACUGGGCACUGAGAGAUCCAAACUGGAGCGGGAGGAGAAAGAUGCCCAGCGCAUGCUGGAUGAGUUCCGUAACAAAUAUAGAUAUGAAUGUGAGUAUCAGCAGAUGCUGAAAACUACUCUUGAGCAGCUUAAUAAGGAAGCUGAUGAAGCCCUGUUGCAUAAUUUGGAACUACAGGUUGAACUGCAGUUCUUGCAAGAUGAUGUUAAUGCCACAAAGGACAGAUACAAGAAGAACCUCAUGGAAAUUCAGACAUACGUCGGCAUUUUACAACAGAUUGUGCAAACAGUCCCCCGGGUGUCCACACUUGCAACUGGAGCUAGUGAGGAAAGACUGAUAACAGAGAGAAAGAUACCCAUUCUGCAGGGCCAGUUAGAAGAAUAUAAGAGUGUCCUUUGCCAGCUCCAGGCUCAGAAAAUGAAACUGCAGACAGAGACAACAAUGCUGGAGCAGGCUAUCAAGAGCACCCAGGAGAGCUAUGAAGAUGAGGUCCAGUUGUACAAUGAACAGAUUGAUACUCUGAGGAAGGGCAUAGAAGAUGCAGAGAGGACCCUGGAAAAAUACACCAAUGACUGCCGUCAGCUCUCCAUUUAUAAGCAGUCCCUGGAGAAUGAACUAGAGCGCUACAAACGUAUAAUUGAAAAUGAAGAUAGCAGGUUGAAUUCUGCCAUUAUUGGAACCCCUGUAACGCUCUUUACACCGACUUACAGAUCCUCCUCACAGCAUCCAGCCCUGAGAGGGAGAGACAUUACACUGGUCAUACAAGACAUUGCUAGUGCAAAGCUAAGGCAAAGAAGUUUGCCCAAGAAAAUAUCAAGGCGAAAGGAGAUCAUACCUAGAGACCUCACCAAUGGUGGACCAUCAGAAAAAAUGUACGAGCGACCCCGGGAAGGCUUUGAUCAUGAUCAGCAGGAUUUCAAACGUGAGGGGUUAAUAGUAACAGGAGAACAUAGGCAUGAUGUUGAUGAUGAAGAAGAAACAGAGCAAGAAAGAGCUGUAGAGGAUGUACCUGAUGGGGCACAGAUAAGCAAAGCUUUUGAUAAACUGUGCAAUAUAGUCAGAGGAAGAAUCAGGUGCUACCAGCGACCAGAAGCCAAAAGUGAAUUCUAUACUAAAGGGCGUUAUGUCCUUGUCUCAGGAGAGGGCAGCUAUGAGGAACCCUCUUUCCGCUCUUCAUCCAUUCAUUCUACAGGUAAGAUCACAGUUUCUGACAGCAAAGAAACGAUAAGUGAAAAAGGUGUAGAAUCCAUAGCAGAGUUGCCUGAGCCACUUGACCAUGAUAACAAUAAACUUGAAGCCUAUGAAACACCAGAGGGGCCCAAGAUACAGGAAGAUAUAGAACAGGAAAGCAUACCAGAAAGCAAAGAAAAGGAAGAUGUAGCUGAACAGCUGGAAAAGCCUGAAGAAAAAGGUGAAGAGUCCACAAGGGAGCCAAGCAUUGAGGAGAUUGAACCAGUUCCCUCAGCUGGUGUGAGUGACCGAAAUGAGGCAGGGGUUUAUGUCAGCAAAGAAUAUGGAAGCCUGAGUCCACAAAGUAUCUUGAGUUAUGAAAAGGUAGAAGUGAUGGAAUCCAUUGAGAAAUUCUCAGAUGACAAAAUGCAGACAUAUGAAGAAACAGCUAUGAUUGUGGAAACCAUGAUUGAGAAGAGCAGUAAGAAGAAGAUGGACGACAAGAGCUCUUAACAUGCAUUUUUAGACUUACAAUUUGUCCAGUUUACAGUCACUAAAGCUGUGACCCUAAACUUACACCAGUAAGCUUGAUGGAACUCUUCCCGAGUGAGUGGUUUGAGGUCUGUAGAUUGUAGAAUUGUGCUUGAUUUCCCCCUUGACAUGAAGCUGGCUUUGUCUGCAUGGCAUUGUAUCACUUCUGAGAUCUCCAGCCUAAUUCAUAUGUUACCCAUUAUGUUGUGGUUGCUGCAAGAAAGCUUCUCCUAAACACAUGUAGACCCAUUUGCCUAUCCUAUGGCAGUAGUACAUGCAAGUCUCCAUUUGUGUGAUGAUUUCCUCUAAGUAGUAAAAUGGACAUAACCACAAAAGGAAGCAACCCAACCGCAGAAUGG